ACUAGGCAACCACAAAUUUCACAGCCACGUUGAUACAGCAAUAGAAGAAUUAAUAUUGCAAAAUAUAAAUACUUAAAUCGUCAAAGUCGCUUACUUUUCAUCAAAUUUAACCAUUUCAUACAAGAAAAACCGGUUGACGUGUAAUUAUGCUUUCAAUAUAUCCAGGUCUCAUACUAUUUCUUACUUUGACUUUGACGGUAAGAUGUCAGCAUGAUAACGAAGACAGUGAAAUACAAGAUGAAAAAAAUCGCAUUUCGCGUUUAACGAGCGUUGUAAACUUGGAAGGACAAGAAUUACGACACAUUCAGGAACAUUUACAAACAGAUGAAAGUCUUUCUGAAGAAUCUAAAGAUCAAUUUCAUGACGAUACUGAAGCUGUGAAGGAAGGAGACGACACCAAAGGGAUUUUCCACUUUUUUAAUUUACACGAUUUGGACAAGAACAACAAGUUGGACGGUUUGGAGUUGUAUGUCGCCUUCACAGAUUAUCACGAGAAAAACAAUGACGAUGAUCUUAGCGAAAAGGAAAUUGUAAAGAUAAUUGAUGAUCUACUUCAGGCUCAUGACCUAAAUGAAGAUGGUUAUUUGGCAUUUUUCGAGCUGAUGAACACAUCACCAGACUCUAUUUGGAACAAACUCGGCAAAUUAUACAAAUAAAUGACUAGGUUUAAGUGCGCUCUAGGGCAAGUGCCUCAGUAAAUUGUACUCAUGGCGAAUUAAACACUGAAGAUGACCUUCUUUAUAUGUGUA